AUGUUUGUGCUGCUAGUGACAAAAUUGAUGUCUAUUCCAGCAAUCAUUUAUCACCGUAACAAGGAAAUAGACGAUGUCGUAUACAUGUGUAUGUUGCUGGACACAAUAAGCACUCGAUUAGUUAUCCAAACUUCGUAUCUGGGAUGCAACCGGCGGAAUUUGAAAGAUAUUUCCAAGUUGAAAUGGAGGGAACUAUGGAAGAUUUUCAAAAAUCCAACUGCUAGCAUUUAUCGGGUGGAGCCAGUUUUGCCGACGGCUGGUAUUCAGGAAAGCACAAAGCUAUAA